AUGCAGCAGGACAACGAUCCGAAGCACACCGUGAAGGGUAAGCUGCUCCAGUCUUUGACUAAGGAGGGCGAGACUGUUCGCCUGGACCAGAGGAACGUGGCCUUCCAGGUGGACACUUCCAGCGACAGCCCCUUCCUCAUCCUGCCACUCACUUUCUACCAUGUCAUCGACGAUGACAGCCCUCUGAGGGCCUGGGCGGCCAAGGAUUGUUUUAUUCCGGUGUUGUUAUUUAUGCUUGUUGUUGUUGAUUUUUUUCAAGGGUCUGUAACGAAGAGCAAGUUUGUCAAGCAAGGAGCUGACGUCGAUUUGGACGUCAAGAAGCCUGUAGUUUUUACGCCGGACCGGGACCUCUUCUUUUGGCGGGUCAAUAGAAGUUUGGACAUUUUUAGAUCAGACAAAAAUCAAAAACGCACAAAAAUAUAUCCCAACUACCACGGAAGAGUAGUGGUACUCGAAAACUUUUCCUUGGUAUUAAAAAAUGUGCAAGAGCCGGACGCUGGACUUUACACUGCAGUACUCAGUGGUGCAGAAAAUAAGCUGGCCGAAUACCAACUUCACAUUCAAGCCGCAGUAUCUCCCGUCAAGCUGGAGGUGGUGUCACUGUUUGCCGACUCGGACUCAUGUAACUUGACGGUGACCUGCCGGACCGACCAAACUCAUCUCAACGCCACGUUUGAAUGCCGACAUGCUAACUGCACACCUGAUGGAGGCGGGCUUUCAAAUGCAGAUUGGAGUCUCAUGGCCUUCGUCUUCAAUUUCUCUAUCGUGUGCCAGCACAGCAACCAGGUUAGCGAGACGCAGGAGGCAAUGGCAGUUCGACAAGUCUGCCAGCAACAUGUACCCAAAGAAAUCUCAAUCUUUACCUGGACCUGGAUCCGUAUAUCAUUAGUACUUGGCCUUGCCCUUGCUCUUAUAUUUGCUUUAAGAAGAAGAGAAAGACAGGCCACCAGAAAACCUGAAGGAUGUCAAGUCCUUGAAUCCUACAAUAUGGGGGACAUCACAAAGGACCGAGUGAGACCAUGUACGCUCAAGUUGAGACCUGCGGAAUUACCUAAGAUGCUGGAAGCAGACCCCAUGCAGGUCACAGGGCAGAAUAACAACCCGCUAUUGGCAUUGUAACUCGUGCUGUGAAGCGAU